GACCGCUAUGUUGCAAUAUGUAACCCUCUCAGGUAUCCAACGUUGCUUAAAAAUACCAAUGUAUUCAUUAUGUGUGCUUUUUCAUGGGGUGUAACAGUAUUUAUUGUUGCUAUUUCAGCCAUUCGGGCAGUCACUUUGCCUUUUUGUGGGCCCGAUGUUAUUGUACAUUGUUACUGUGAUCACAUAGCAAUAACCAGGCUAGCUUGUGCAGACAUCAGGUCCUAUAGCUUAGUGGCUUUAAUUAAUGCCAUAAUUGUGUUGCUUGUGCCCCUUUUCUUUAUAAUAUUUUCUUAUGUUCAGAUCGUUUUCUCUGUUAUGAGGAUUGUGAGCUCUGAAGGGAGAUACAAAGCAUUUUCCACCUGCUCUUCUCAGCUGUGUAUCAUAGCUCUCUACUACCUUCCCAGGUGUUUUGUUUACCUAGCAAACAGUGUGAAUAUUGCGAUAAACACUGAUUUCCGCAUUGUCCUGAUUCUGACUUACAGCCUGGUGCCUCCCAUGAUAAACCCUCUGAUUUACUGCUUCAAAACAAAAGAAAUCAAGCAGAACUUGGUCAAAAGGUUAAGAUUUAAAACUGCUGAAAAUCGGACUGGUGACCACUCCAGGGUGUAUCGAGCCUUGUGCCUGUCCCUUGCCAGGAUAGGCUCUGGCUCCUCUGUGACCCUAAACUGGAUGGAGCUGUUAGAAAAUGGGUAG